AAAACAGCUGGUUUUGUGUAUCCGCGUUCGUGAUGAUUGUUUUUUCGCCGGUCCGUUCAACGGUUUUCUAAUUUUAGUGCUGUAAUUGUUGAUGCGUUAUUUUGGAAGCAGUUUCUCAUAAUACAAUCUAGUGAAGCUUUUGAAUUUAGUGAUUUCAUUGAUAUUAUUCUGGUCAAACAUUCCUAAUUUUGUUAUAGUAGUGAAAGAACACUCAAGUCGAUAAUUAUCUGUGCUGAAGUGCUUGGUUUCUUGAUUCUCUUAGUUAAGUAGCUAACGAACACGCAGAAAAAAUGUUUCGCGUUUCCAACAUGGCAAUACUGUUCAAAAGCAAUGGACGCUCAAUUGCAAAGCGAAGUCUCACUGAUCUUUCGAAACUUCCGAGCUCCCUGAUCAACAUCAAACCGGACGUAGCCGAAGCCCUCCGGAUGGCUCCACAGUCCGUGGUAGCACUCGAGUCAACCAUCAUCACCCAUGGUAUGCCCUAUCCGCACAAUCUCGAGACGGCCCUCGAGGUAGAGGAGAUUGUUCGUCAAAAGGGAGCCAUUCCGGCCACCAUCGGCAUAGUGGACGGCCGUAUUCACGUUGGUAUCAGUGGUGAUCAGUUGGUAAAACUGGCCAAAACCGACGGCAGACCCACAAUCAAAACGUCCCGCCGUGAUCUGGCAUACGUACUAAGUAAUGGUCUAAACGGAGGCACAACGGUGGCGGGAACACUGCUGGUGGCCGAUAUGGUUGGCAUACGGGUGUUUGCGACGGGAGGAAUCGGCGGAGUGCACCGUGGCGGUCAUGAUACGAUGGAUGUGUCAGCCGAUUUGGUCGAACUGGGCCGAACACCGGUUGCGGUCGUUUCCAGCGGGGUGAAAUCUAUUCUGGACAUUCCGAGGACGCUGGAGUAUUUGGAAACCCAGGGAGUUUGUGUUGCAUCCUAUCAAUGUCCGGAUUUGAAUUUUCCCGCUUUCUACACCAGAUCCAGUGGUUCCAAAGCCGCUUAUAAUUUAAACACUGCCCUGGAAGCUGCCAAUAUGAUAAGCGUAAACAGAGCGCUCGGUUUGCGAUCAGGAUUUUUGAUAGGUGUGCCAAUUCCGGAGGAUUACUCCUUGGAUCAACAGUUGAUGAACGACGUUAUAGAGCAAGCUUUAGUCGAAGCUGAAUCGUUAAAUAUUCAUGGCAAGGAAGUUACCCCGUUUAUUCUGUCUGCCGUUUCCAAAAUUACCGGAGGCCGAAGUUUGCAUUCGAAUAUGAUAUUGAUAAAAAACAAUGCUCGUGUUGCGGCAGAAAUCGCAGUCGAAUUAUUGCGAAUCGAAAACAAUGGAUCUGACAGUUUCAGCACUGGCGCGAACCGGCAUUCAUCGGAGAUUCGAGAUCAGCGAGCGCCGGUGGUAAUCGGUGGCUCCAUUGUCGACACGUGCGUUUCUGUGUUGGACCAUGAUUUAAAGUUCAAGCAGCAGCACGACAAAGAAUAA